UUCUUUGGCUUCGUGGGGAGUCUAGAUACGUGGAGUACAUCCAGCCAUCUAGUGUAUCAAUGGUACAGGCUGUGAUAAACUAGACUCAUUAACCACUUUCCAUAACCCAGAAAAGAAGGAAAGACAGAAAGAAAACCACAAUGGCAACAACCCACGACAUCGAAAAACAGCCCCCUCCCCUCCAGGGCCAGGAGGAGCCCUUCAACUCCAAAACACCCGGUCUAGCAACGGAUACCAUCGAACCAACAAGCCAGUAUGUAAACGCAGACAAACUAGCCCGGAACCUCUCCGCGCGCCAGGUCCAGAUGAUCGCCAUCGGCGGAACCAUUGGCACUGGACUAUUUCUAGGAACAGGAAAGGCGCUGGCGACGGGUGGGCCGGCGUCGAUGUUGAUUGCUUAUGCGAUCUGUGGUGGGAUUGUUUUUGUGACCAUGUUGAGUUUGGGGGAGAUGGCGGCGUUUAUUCCGGUUGCUGGGUCUUUUUGUACUUUUGCCGGUCGCUUUGUCGAUGAUGCUCUUGGUUUCGCUCUUACUUGGAACUACUGGUUUAAUGAUGCGGUUUCGACGGCAUCGGAUAUUAUUGCCCUUCAGCUUCUGCUUGAGUUCUGGACGGAUAAUUUCCCUGGUUGGGCAAUCAGUUUGAUAUUCCUGGUUGUUGUCAUUGCGCUCAAUCUUCUAUCUGUCAAGGUUUACGGAGAGGUUGAAUAUUGGCUUAGUUUGCUCAAAGUGGCUACUAUUAUUAUCUUCAUCAUCCUUGGAAUCGUCGUCAACUGCGGAGGAAACACAGAGCACAGAUAUCUCGGUGACAAAUACUUUUACGUCGGCGAUGCUCCUUUUGUAGAUGGGAUCGGCGGGUUUGCGUCUGUAUUUGUCACGGCUUCUUUUGCCUACGGAGGAACUGAAUCCAUCGCUGUCACAGCCGGCGAGACCAAGGACCCAGCCAAGAAUCUCCCCCGAGUCGUGCGCAACGUCUUCUGGCGGAUUAUUCUCUUUUAUAUCGUUUCCAUCAUUAUCAUCGGGUUGAAUGUGCCAUACAACUACCCCGGUCUGUCUUCCGGGGAUACUGCCACCAGCCCCUUCACGAUUGUCUUCGUCCAGGCCGGCAGUGCCGUUGCGGGCAGCUUCAUCAAUGCGGUGCUUAUGACCAGUGUCAUUUCCGCUGCUAACCAUGCCUUGUUUGCCGGGUCACGAUUGCUCUACACGUUGGCAGUUGAUGGAUACGCACCACGAUUCUUCGGACAUCUGAAUCGCUUCCAGGUCCCUUGGGCGGCUGUCCUGGCGACAUCCGUCAUUAGUGGAUUAUGUUUCGGGGCCAGCUAUAUCGGAGCUGGACAGUUGUGGUCAUGGUUGCAAAAUAUCGUUGGUGUCUCCAACCAACUCUCUUGGAUCUGCAUCGGCCUUGCCUCCCUCCGUUUCCGCGCUGCAAUCCGCCACCAGAACCUCGAGCAUCUUCUCCCCUUCAAAAACUGGACAUACCCCGCUGGCCCCGUCCUCGCCGUCGGUCUCAACAUCGUUCUCGUCCUCGUCCAGGGCUGGUCCUGCUUCAGCCCAACCUUCCAAGGCGUCGACUUUGUCUCGUAUUACAUCGAAAUCGCAAUUAUGAUCGUCAUGUUCCUCAUUUGGAAAGUAUUCAAGCGAACCAAGUUCGUACGUCUGUCUGAGAUGGAUCUCGUGACGGAUCGGUAUGAUUUGAAUCCCGAGACGGCGGGGGAUUCGCAGAUCGAUCAGGGUGUCACUGUUGGUGAAGGUGAGGAGAUUGUUGGGUCGCGGAAGCAAAAGUUUUUUGCUCUGAGGCCUGGUGAAGAGAAGGGUGUUCUCGGGAAGGUGAAGAGGGUUGCGAUGUGGCUGUUUUUGUAAUCUGAUGCGAUCAGAUUGCUAUAUGUAAAUGUUGUAGGGUAGAUAGAUGUACAUAUUAUAUAUAACCCGCACCUUGGUAAAGAUAUCUUCAAAUUCUCUGUUCAGUAAUCAACUGCACCUCCAUCACUGCAUCAGAUUCAUAGCAAUUCAACACAUCAACGAUGAACAAGAGGAUUAUCGGG